GCAGCAAUUAGUGGCCCAAAUGUAAUGCUAGUAACAUGAGCACGAAUAGCUGGUAGAUCCACACCAUGAUUUCCCUGCUCGUCACCCUGCUGUGCCCUCUUCUCCUCGUCCUCCUCGUCAAGCAUUGCUAUGUGACAAGGGCUGGCGAACUACUUCACAAGCUCCCCUCGCCGCCGUUCAGGCUUCCGGUGAUCGGUCACCUGCACCUCAUCGGCUCCUUGCUACACAUCUCCCUCCGCGACCUUGCCGCUAAGUAUGGCCCUGACCUGAUGCUCCUCCAACUUGGCAGUGUGCCUACCCUAGUGGUGUCAUCCUCUAGUGCAGCGCAUGCCAUCCUCCGCACACAUGACCGUGUGUUCGCAUCACGAUCCUACUCCACCAUAGCUAACAUCCUCUUUUAUGGUGCAACUGAUGUCGGCUUCUCCCCCUACAACGAGUAUUGACGGAGGAUCAAAAUGAUCACCACCACACAUCUAUUGACCGUGAAGAAGGUGCGUUCAUAUGGCUUGAUACGACAACAGGAGGUGCGGUUGGCAUUGGCUAGGAUCUCCAAGGCGGCGCAUGAUCAUGUUGCGGUGGACCUGACUGAGCUUCUCAGUUGCUACGCCAACAACAUGGUGUGCCAUGCAGUGUCUGGCAAGUUCUCUCGGGAAGAAGGUCGGAACCAGUUGUUCCGAGAGCUAGUCGAGGCCAACUCAUCGCUCCUCGGUGGGUUUAACAUCGAGGACUACUUUCCUAGCUUGACGAGGCUAGCCACUCUUAAAAGGUUGUUGUUGUCAUGCGUGAAGGCACAUGACGUCAAUAGGAGAUGGGACCAGCUGCUUGAAAAGCUCAUUGACGACCACACCAACAAGGUUAGAUUCUCCUCGAUGCUCCAACGCAAUGAUGAGGAGACUGACUUCAUCGAUGACCUACUUUCUAUACAGCAUGAAUAUGGCCUCACUAAAGAUAACAUCAAGGCAAACUUAGUAGCCAUGCUCGCAGCUGGCACAGACACAUCUUUCAUUGAGCUAGAGUACUCCAUGGCUAAGCUAAUGCAGAAUCCCCCUAUGAUGGCCAAGCUACAAGCCGACGUGAGAAGUAUAGUACCAAAGGGACAAGAAAUAGUUACUGAAGAACAGCUAGAUAGUAUGUCAUACCUAAAGGCUGUGAUCAAGGAGACGCUUCGACUACACCCUGCAGCACCACUUUUAAUACCCCACUUUUCCAUGGCUGAUUGUAAUGUUAAUGGCUACAAAAUACGCUCUGGAACUCGUGUCAUAAUCAAUGCAUGGGCAUUAGCCAGGGACUCUAACUAUUGGAAGAAUUCAGAGAAUUUUAUGCCAGAGCGGUUCAUCGAUAACAUAACAGCUAACUAUAAUGGGAAUGAUUUCCAUUUCUUACCAUUUGGGAGUGGGCGGAGGAUGUGCCCGGGUAUAAACUUUGCAAUUGCCACCAUCAAGAUCAUGCUAGCAAACCUUGUGUACCAUUUUGAUUGGGAGCUACCAGAAAAUCAAGUAGCAAAAGGAGGCAUCGAUAUGACCGAGAUAUUUGGGAUGGCAGUGCACCGCAAGGAGAAGCUCAUCCUUAUCCCCCAUCAACCUUGUAAUUAGUCCACUCAGCUCUAUCUAAAGUUUAUCUAAAGUGGUGAUUAUGCCAAUGUGUGCUUAGUGAGCGGUGAGCUUGUUUUAAUAACUUGUAUAGGCUGCAAAAUGUUUCCAUUCCAUGAUUUCCAUCGUCCUUUUACCAUCAUAUCAUACUUCAUUAUAGUAAAUACUUCCAAGGAUUUGCUGCUAUAGUAAGGCAAAAGCUUUGAGAUUGGAAAGCUCACAGGUGUCUACUACGUACUCCCUCCGUUUUAUAAUGAAUGAGGUGGCUGAGCUUGGAAUUUGAUGACUGGUGUUUGUGUAGUUGAACAUCAAGGUUGUGAUCGCUUUUGGUGCUAUGGAACUUGGUGGUGUGUGUGGCUGCUCGAACUUGGUGCAAGCUACUGGUUACUUGCCGGUUGGCACUUUUGGUGGCUGGAAUUUUUUUGCGUUGGUUGCUGGAACCCAGUAUUUUGUAGUCGGCUGGGACUUGUGUAGUUGGAUGGUGGAUGGAUCAUUUUUAUUCAUGCUUUGUGUUUUUUAUGGG